GCUACAUGUACGACGUGAGCUGUCAGCUGUACUGUGGUGUCUGGUGUAGUUUUUGUUUCCUUGUAUUUUUUGUUUUGUAAAGGAAUGAUGUGAUUUUAAAUACUUACGUGAAUAUGGGUGCUAAAGACUCGAAACCUAGUUUUAUAUCUUAUGAAGACGCGGUAAAAAGAGUGUCUGAUAGUGAAUUGAGGCGUUUACGAGAGGCUUUUAAGAGAAGUGCUGGUGUGAACGGUACGUCGCUGAGUUUGGACGCGUUCGUCCACGAAGUCCUCUGCGACGGAGUUCCUUACGAAGUAGCAGAGUGGCUGUAUCAGGCCUGCGGUGGAACCAAACGAGGGAUUGCGUUCAAGGAAUUGCUUUGUGGUAUCAUUGUCCUUACCAAAGGGAAUUUAGAAGAAAAAAUCAAGUUCUUAUGGACACUUUAUGUGAAUAAUCAAAGCGAAAAUGGUUCAUAUAUUUACAAGAAAGAUUUUGCGAGAGCAUUACAUUUAGAAAAUACUUCACUGCCCGUGACUGAAACUCCAAGAACUGGGGAAAUAUUAACCAGUCUAUUUGGUGUGGGAGAGAAGGUCACAUUUGAACAGUUCCGCUCUUGGCUGCUUAUUCACAAGGAUGCUACAAUUUUGUCCAAAUGGUUACUGUACAAUAGAAGGAGUCAUGUUCAUGACUUGGAGACACCAACUUUUUAUCAAAGUUUAGCUGGUGUCACACAUUUAGAAGAAAGAGAUAUAAUCGAGCUGGAGAAAUGCUUCUGGUCGCUGCGCAGCUGGACGGCGACGGGCGAGCUGGACGCGGGCGGCGUGCGCUGCCUGCUGGCGCCGCCGCUGCCACGCGCCGCCGUGGACGGCGUGUUCCUCGCCUUCGACGAGAACCGCGACGGCCACAUCGACUUCAAGGAGCUGUGCUGCGGCCUCAGCGCCGCCUGCCGCGGCCCGCGCACCGAGCGCCUCAAGUUUUGCUUCAAAGUGUUCGACUUGGACAGAGAUGGAGUGCUCAAUAAGAAGGAGCUGGUGGACAUGGUGGGGAUCCUGUGCACGGUCGCCAACGAGGCGCUCAAGAACCAGGGCUCGAGGGCCUCCACGCCCUCCGACGAGUACGAGCCGGAGAAGAGCUUCGACCCCGAGGUCAUCCUGCUCAACCUGAGGGACAAGCUGGUCACCGCGCCGCGGAACGGCAGCAAACCGGUGUUUCAGCUCGGCCCCAUGAAUGAGGAGAAUAUCAUCACGUUGACUGAGGACAAGGAAGAAGAGAAGGAGUACGAGGUCAUCGGCGCGGACAUGGCGCUGGCGGGCGAGGACUUCCUGAUCUGGAGCGUGGAGAGCGCGGCCGCGCUGGUCACGCCCUUCCUCGAGCUGCUGUUCGAGGUGUGCCACGUGCUGCUCGGCCUGCGGCCCAGCUGCAAGCACCAAGAGCGGGACAUCGUGCUGGGGUGGCUGCGGCGCGAGACGUGCCGCGGGCUGGCGGUGGGCCAGUUCUGGUACCUGGUGUCGGCGGAGUGGUGGGGCGCCUGGCUGCUGCACGCCGCCGGCGCGCCGCACGCCUGCUGCCGCAACACGCGCAACAUCGACGACGCCAUCGUCUGCGACGACAGCUUCACCACCAACUCCACCGAAUCGAUGGGCUCGCUGAUGUGGCGCGCGGAGACGAGUUCCGUCCGCAGCGCGGAGAGCGCGGGCGCAGAGGGCGCCGGGAGCGAGGGCGCGGCGGAGGGCGCGGGCGAGGGCGCGGGGGCGCGGCGCCCCGACUCGCAGCUGGCGGCGGAGGCGUGGGCGCAGUACGCGGCGCGCAACGCGUCCAUCAUGACGGAGCUGUUCUACGGGCAGCUCAAGUCGCGCGUGCGCUGCUCCGUGUGCGGCCACGAGUCGCUGCGCUUCGACACCUUCAACAUGCUCAGCCUGCCGCUGCCCAUGGAGGCCUUCGUGCGCGCGGAGGUCAAAGUGAUUCUCUUGGACGGCUCGGUGCCGGUGAAGUACGGGCUGAGGGUGAACUCUGAAGGCACAUACUACGAUCUCAAGAAGUCUCUCUCCGAACUUUGCGGACUCUCGCCCGAUGCCAUGCUGCUGGCGCUGGUGUCGGACAGCCGCGUGUCGGCGCUGCUGCAGGACGGCGCCAAGGUGGCCGCGGCGACGGCGUGCGACCUGCUCGCCUACCAGGUGCCGCCCGCCGCGCGCGCGCCGCUCCUGCCGCACGCGCCGCACGCGCCGCACGAGCCGCGCGCGCCGCACGAGCAGCUCGCUGCCGACGAGUGCGACGGGCGGGCGGAGAGCGCGGAGGUGAGUGUGGGCGCGCCGCCCUCCAGUCUCUGCAUGCCCGCACUCUUCUGCUUUAAGGUUAGCCCCCUCCCCCACGCCCACGCCCCACGCCCCACCAUUCCCCUCGCUCCCGUCGUAGAACAUUAG